CUUUGUCGCUGGCUGUCGAGUCAUUGUGCGCGCAUAGUUCUAUCUUAAUAGACGGCCAUUGUGCGGGAUCUGGCUUAUCUCGACGAGUACGAGUGAUUCUCCAGGAUGAGUACAUAGUACUCAGUACGGAGUACCUCACCUUGAGUCCAUCAAUUGAUAAAAUGAAGCGAAACCGCAUCCAAUUCGAGGCUAAUGGCGAACACGCAUCGACAUCUCCGCCGCAAGGGAUAGUUGCACCAGACGGGCACAUUCCCAAGAUCUCACGCAGGAUCCGGGCCUGCACCGAAUGUAAGAAGCACAAGGUCCGGUGUAAUAUGAACCCUGGUGAAUCGAUUUGCCAGAGAUGUCGACGUAUGAAUUUGGAAUGUGUUGUCCACAAGAGUCUCCAGACUUUGUUAGAAGACGAGACUGAUUGGAAAACGACCGUCGAACUUGCAAUGUCGGAUUUGCUGAGAAAAGCCCAACUACCGGAAUUAUCGUACUACCAAGCCGUCAGCAGAACUAUGGACGCGCCUUCAAAGAGACGAGACCGCAAAGGAUCGACCGCUUCGACCGAGGAUAUAGGAAUAACGACGGGUAGCGACAGGAGAACCAAUUCUAUUGACGCCAAUGUGGCUGCACCAACGGUCCCACGCAUAUCGUCGAACUACAACUUCUCACGACAACCGGCACGGUAUUCCCCGGAUCGGGAGGAGAAUGGCACAUCAUCCUUGGUCACCGCGCCGAUGGGGAGCUUAUACGAAGUCACACAGCUGAGCGAUAUUCGGGCAAAUUCUCCAGGGGAGAACGAGUCAUCUGACCACUCGCUUGCGACGGACUUUAUAUCGCGAGGUAUUGUGGAACUACAAGAGGCAGAAGAAUUGUUUCAGUAUUUUGACCAGGUUCUCAACCGUUAUCUUUGGGAUGGGAUAGCACUGGUACACAAGGAUCUUGCAUCCGUCCGGAACUCAUCGUCAAUGCUGUCUGCCGCCAUCCUUGCUGUAACGGCUUUGCACAUGCCAAACAAAGAACGCACAUUUGACACUUGUUACACCGAAUUCGCGAAACUCGCAUCCGGGUCUAUGCUUGACCGACACCACACCUUGGAUGACUUGCGUGGGCUGUGUAUAGCGGCUUUUUGGCUUGCUGAUGUUAGCUGGAAGUUGUCUGGGUAUGCAGUACGGAUUGCAACUGAGCGCAACUUGCACCAGUGUUUUCGCAAGGCUGCACAAGGCUCUCCAGAGCAUAAGGAGCAAGCAAGGCUGUGGUAUCUCCUCUAUACAUUGGAGCAUCAUUUCUCUAUCGCAUACGGGCGUCCACCCAUUAUCCACGAGGAUCCCAGCAUCACGAAUCAUAACACCUUUGUUCUUUCUCCGACAGCGCCACAGUGCGACAUCCGCUUACAUAGUCAAGUUGAUCUGUUUAUCAUCCUCACUCGGAUAUACCAUGCAUUUGGCCCAGAUGUGGAUCUAGAAGUCCCGGAAAGUGACUUUUCAAAGAUCGACAAGUUUGAUGCCGACCUAGACGGAUGGUGUACUACCUGGAUACCUCGUAUAGCUGGAAGCUGGCACGUUGGUGCAUAUCCUUACAGAGCCGUCUAUUUGCAUUAUCACUUUUCCCGCUUGCAGGUGAACUCAGUUGCUCUGCGAACCUACCACUCACCAGCUUCAACUCGCAUCAUGUCACCUGAGCGCAAGAAACGCGCGAAUCUAGCAGUUGAAUCAGCCAUUGGUACGCUUCUCACUGUCUUGGAAGAACCGGAUAUCCAAAGAGGUCUGGUUGGCGUUCCGCUAUACCUACACAGCAUGAUCACCUUUGCUGCAGUGUUUCUUUUGAAGAUCGCGGCCAAAGGAUGCCAAGGACAGCGAAAUUCUAUCGCUUCAGCCGGCUUGCACAUCGAUAUCGUAUAUGUUCGGGAAUUAGUCGGGCGGAUUAUCGAAUUGAUGGUAUCGUGCAGUAAGCGAGCUAGCGAACGCCAUCUCAGCCACCAUCUCGCCCGCGGUCUACGAAAGAUGCUCACUGGAUUUGAGGAAUGGGAAAAAAAGAAUUCCUAUAACCAGCCCUUUCCCCGACAGAACUCUCACGAUGUCUCCCCCAUGUUCAAACCAAUUAUCAUUCCCGGAGCACAACCAUUAGGUCAACGGGAUACCAUCCUCAACCACCCACCUCCUUUACUAGGCGUGGCUCCUCUGUCCGCAGAGCGCAGCAAUGGGUUUGGACCCAGUACGAUCCGCGAAAAUGAGCAGCUAGGAUUUUCUGAGGGAUCGAUAGAUCCGAUGAUGAGCGAUUUAUGGGGAUUUGAUGAAGAGCACUUUCCCAUGGGGGUCUUUGAUUUCUUACAGUCGCAAAUGCCUGCGUGACGCAUCAAUGGUAUUGGUAUCCGAUAGAGAUGCCAUAACCGAGGGCGAUCUUACCAAAAUCGCCGUAGAUCGCCGUCUAUAUCCGUCACGUCAUUUGUUGGUGUCACCGAAGCCGAGACGGUACAGUGAUUCGGGCAGUCUUUCAGGCAUUUGGCCCGAAUAGGGGUGAGCAGCCGAAAGCAGACGUAUAACUAGUUUCCGAGCCAAGACCAUUUCAGCCGGCAGUAGGGCUGAUUCCAGCCGCCUGUGUAUAGAGUAGGUACCCGGUUAGAGGCACUUGUACGGGCCAUGGCUAUAUGGUCUUCAUGAGUUAUGCCUACGCCGCCAAUGUUAUACAGAAUCAAACUCUAUGAUCUAGAGACGCAAAUGCGUCAACUGAUUGCAAUGCUACUCCUAUGAUAUACCCGUUUGGCUUUCGGCAUGACCGUAUAGGAAACACCAGUGCUUGGC